UUCCCGAGGUAGUUACUGUUCCCGGGUUUUUGCAGGGGGCGCUACUGGACUGGAACAUUAAGUGCCAACCGCAAUUUAAAAGAGGAAGAAGACGAACAACAGCAGCUGUUAGCUAGCUGGUUGAACUAUAUUUACCCUAUGACAGUUACAGUUAUUUGUUCUUGAAAAAACACCGACAUACGAUAUUUUUUUUCUUUUUACAAAGGCCAAUGGUUUGCGAUCAGAUUGUUAUAUUUCUCUUCGCACUGAGUGGCUAACUGCAAAAAAGGAAGCAAUGAACUUCCAAAGUAGUCGGCGGCGAGGAGAGGAUGGUGUCUCCAUGGUAAUUGACUUCUUGCUGUCCAAUGCCCGGCUGGUUCUGGGAGUUGGAGGAGCUGCUAUGUUAGGAAUUGCAACUCUGGUAGUGAAACGGUUGAUAGAGCGUGCGGGCCGUGCAACCGAUGAUGAAAAGGUGGAGCAGAAGAUGGCUGAGAGCUGGGAGGAGUUGACUUUGGUCUCUGCUUCCCCCACACUGAUCAGGAAGGGCAUAGAGGGCGUGGUGAUGAAACACGUUGCCAAAACAGCCAAACAGCAGAAAGCUGAACUGUGCCAACAACCUCAGAUGUCCUCUCUGGAGGAGCAGCCAAAGCCUGGGGCACAGUCCAAGAGGCUCCAGCUGUGCGUCCGCAGUUUACAGGAGCAUCUGCAGCAGUACUAUCACACGAGGGCAGCACUAGCUCCACAUGAGAUCCAGAGGGUUCAGUCUGUGGCACUGGACAUCUGCACUGAGAUCCAGGGUUUCCUGCACAGCCGUCACCCUGACAUGCCAGUGGGAGAAAUGAGCCUCGGAGGUUCUCUGCUAGAUGACCUGCAGGUGGUCAGUGCGGAUCAUGCAUGUCUGCUGGUGCCUUUGCAGCUGGAAGCUUCUCUGUGGCGUCUCAUCCCAGGAGAAGAAACGUUGCUCAUACAUCCGUUGCACUGGAUGGUUCGAAGAGUCAAUCUGGAAUAUUAUCCCAGAGGAUGGAGCUACUGGGACAGGUACAUGGUUGGUGGUUACUUGUCUGCAGAAGCUAUUGUGGACAUGUUUAGGAAAACUGUCAUGGAAAAAAUGAACUGGCCAACAAUCAUCAGCAGUCUGGACUGUCUCAUCAGGCCUGUAGUGGGAGGACUAGACCUGAGACUGGAGAUCUGGCCUGGAAAUGAAAGAGGAGGAGCAGACAGCAGUGAUCAGCCCUUCUUCAUCUCCAUGUUGCCCCUACUGAGGGAGGAGGACGUGGCACUGACCGCCCAGCCUGAGCUCACCUCCCCCUGGGUCAACGCUUGGCACCUGUCGCUCUACCCGUGGGAGACCCAGCGCCUGGCUCAGCUUGACGCAGCUGACGACGGAUACCGCAGACACACGCUUAAAAUCCUGAAGGCAGUUUGCAGACUGAACCCCACCCUGCGACCGCUCAAAGCCGCGCCACUGGCUAAUCUCAUCCUGCACCUCAGUGACAGUGAGAGCGACUGGUCUGAGACCAGCCUGGAUGUUAGAUUCCAACAGUGUAUCACAGAGCUGAUUGGCUACCUCGAACAAGGGGCGUUGCACAGUUACUUCAAACCAGCUGUCAAUCUGCUAAGUGACUUGUCAGAGGACCAGGUGGACCAGAUGGGCUUCAUGCUCUACUGUGCUGUGUCAGAGCCUGAAAUACUGCUCAUAUAGCUCUCUGCACGCGCACACACACACACACACACACACACACACACACACACUUGAGAUUUAUCAUGCUUUGAUCCACACAGGUUAUUGGACUAUUCUUUUAUCAUCCAUGAUGUAAUGAAGAUGUAUUUUCCUAAUUCCUCUGUCCUGCUGUGUUACAAGGGAACAGGUACAUAUUUAGUGACAAAAUAGUGGCAUCAUACACCGGAGGAGGAGGAGGAGGAGGAGCUACAAAGUGGCUGCAGAUGUAAAAGUUAUCAUCAAGAUAAAGAAAUCACUCGGAGGAAAGGAGACAUACUAGGAGCUGAGGAAGUGUUUAUCAAAGAUGUGCCUCGUCAUAACUCCCCUCACACACAACACAGCUAAGUCAGCUUUUUUUUUAGCUUGUGUGAUUAUUAUUUUUCACAGGGAGUCAGUGAUGGUCUACAAGGCCACAUACAGUUCAGUAUAUCCAUUAACAGCAGAGGAUGAGUACAGUUCAUUUUUUAAAUUAUCCUCUGAUAGCAUGUGUUCUUCUUCUUGUACCCCUAACUGUAUUACAACUAUGCAGAAAAAACCAACCUGCUGAAAACCACCAGGUUUUACUGCACUUAUGGAUCCAUUCAGUGUCUGAGUUGGGUGGAUUUAACUCACUGUGCAUAUUUUAUCAUACUGGAGGUUGAAGUGUGCAGUAUUUUUAUUUGUCCUUUUCAGUCUUCAGUCUGUUGCCAUAUUACUUGGGUAAAAUUAUGGGUAAACCUGCCUAAUAAUUUUAUGCAGUUGCUUUUAAAUACAAUAUAAAUGUUGUGGGUUUUUCUUCAGUUGUGUUUUCUUGCUGAAAAGAGAAAUAGAUUUUUCUGUGAACAGUGAAACUACAAAUAAAAAUUAAAGUUGUUU